CCUCGCCGCUUUCCCGGCAUGGACUGGCACUAUUUCUCAACGCCACCCGCGUUGGCCAUUUUGAAAGUGUGAUGCGGGGAAAGGCGGGGACGAGGGAAUUCUUAAAAGUAGAGUGCAAAGUCUUAACCUCUGUGCCUAACAAUACUGUACGUUGUUAGCAUUCCUUAUCAGAUGAUAUUUUCCCCUUUUGUAACAGUUGAGCCAAGAUUGUGUAUGCUUGUCUUAAAAACAUUGGCAACGCUCGACGCUUCAUUCCUCCACAUCUCAUCGGCAGUCAGAAGCAGCAGGGUCAGCAACAACAGUGCUCACAGUCCAGGGCCUGAGACCGCUUCAAUGACCCCCCUGCCCCUUUCCCUAGACCACCAUCAUGGCAGGGGUCGGUGAUGAGAGCGACCAGAUGCAAUGGUGCUUUUCCGAAGUCAAAGGAGCAAUAGAUGACGAUAUCGCGGACGCUGAAGUCAUAUCCAGCGUUGAGUUCAACCACUCUGGGGAGUUGCUUGCCACUGGUGAUGAAGGAGGCCGUGGUGUCAUCUUUCAACAGGACCCAGAGAGUAACAAUCACCCUCAGUGCCGUGGAGAAUACAAUGUUUACAGCUUUUCUGAGCACGAACCUGAGUUUGACUACCUGAAGAGCCAUGAGAUUCAGGCGAAGAUCAACAAGAUGCAAUGGCUGCCCCAGAAGAACGCUGCUCACUUCCUUUUAUCCACAAAUGAUAAAAUCAUAAAGCUGUGGAAAAUUUGUGAGCGAGACAAGCGUCCGGAAGGUUACAAUUUGAAAGAAGAUGACGGUAGAUACAGAGAUCCAAAUACAGUCACAACACUACGGGUACCCAUAUUCAGGCCUAUGGACCUGAUAGUGGAGGCCAGCCCCCGUCGAGUCUUUGCAAACGCUCACACCUACCACAUCAACUCCAUCUCAGUCAACAGUGAUUGUGAAACGUACCUGUCCUCAGAUGAUCUUCGCAUCAAUCUGUGGCACUUGGAGAUCACUGAUCGCAGUUUUAGUAUCCUUUCUCUUUUAGCUCCUCACAGAUAUCCUCGGUAAAGGAAACUUGUUUAUCUUUUCCAGGCUGGUAAUUGAGCACAUCCUUUCCACUGUGGGAAAGCAUGGUUGUUAGAGAGACUGUAAAGGGCAGAUGUAGUCUAGCAUUGCUCUGUUAAUGUCUGUCUUUGGGUUGCAAGAUAUAUUGCAGAAUGUAUGCAUUCUGCUUCUGAGAGGCAAAGAACAAAGCACAGACUGCAAUUUAGUCCUCACGAGUGGGUUGCUGAACAAAAAUCCAUGUUCUCAGUCAAAUCAAUAAUGCAAUUGUAAUGUGAAAAAAAAUACACUCUCUCAACUGGUUGUCUCGAUUAACCUAUAUGUGAUUAUAUUUUGUAAAUACAUUGCUUUCAUAAAGGGCUAUAUACGGUAAGAGGGUCUGACUGAUAACACAUGGUCGAAUUUGGACAGACACAGGAAUAGUAUUCACACACAGGCAGGUAAUGGAAAGGAAUCAUGCCGAAGUAAGAUAUACUUUAUACCUCUAAAUCAUAAUCCUUUCGUAAAAGCCCUGCUCAGUCCUUGGCAGUGAGAAUGGACCACCAAUAACAGGCUUGGAGGCUGGUAUCCUGGACGUAAGGUAGCCCCAAGUGUUUUGUGAUGUCAAGGUUUGAUGCUGCUGCCAACUUCCACAAAUCUGUUUUGUUGCAGAUGACUUUACCCCUUGAAUUAAGUUUCAUUUUUUAUAAUGUUUUAUACCGUACCUCUAAAGAGAAUAUAGUCACUAUAGCUGAUUUAUUUUUGUAUAAAUUAAGGCAAUAGUUAGAGUGCCAUCACUGACAUUUAAAAUUUAGCCGUCUGUCUGAUGGCUGGUUUGAUUGUAUAGAUGGAAGGCCGCAUGACAGAGUGCAGUCAUCUGGGCAGAUAAUUGUUUGAAAGUUCUGUGAUUUUGAGGAGGAGCAUACUCCUUCCAAUGUGAAGAAAACAUUUUUGGUGGUUAGCUGGCUGUGACUUGUUUUUCAAAAAUCAUUCUUCCAUCGGCGAAUGCAUAGGCAGUACUGUAUCUGGCCCUAAAGGGGUAAUGGCCUUUUUUUCUCCCCAAUUUACUCUUUUGAAUGCCAGUCAAGUGACUUUUGCCUUCAUUUCUUGAAAUGGUAUCUGUUCUGUAUGCUUUUUUUAAUGUACCUGUAUUAUUAUUUAAGGGGGGAGUUUGUGAAGCACUUGGUUUGUAGAUGUUGGUUUUAUAUGAACGAAGAAAUUACCUAAAACCUUAAAAGCCUGUAUCUCCUUUGCUAUGCCUCUGUCACAAGUUGCCAGUCCUUUGGAACAAACGGGUUGAGGUUUGGGGUUUUUUUUCUGUCAGUAACUAUUUUCUUAUAAACUCAUCUCUUGAACCUACAAGCAAUUUUUGCAAUGAUUUUGAUGCCAACAAAAUGAAGUGAUGUCACUUCCUCAGUGCUAUGCAUAAUAUUAAUCAGUAAUGGGGCAUUUUCAAAACAAUUCUUGGCCUUUUUAGGAUUUGUGGGUUCUCUUGGUAACCUUUGGAUACCAUAAAUUUGAUGAGCUCAUCAAAGGCUUGUACUGUACUUGAAUUCCAGGUCUGGCCAUCACCCUUGUCCAAAAACAUCAACUGCCAGAUAUCAAAUAGAAUUCUGUUCAAAGCUACUGCACUAGAUAUUUUGAAAAACAUAAAAUCACCCCCAUGUUCCCAAUUGGUGUUUCCGAAAAGCAUUAAGACUUGAGAUACCGGUAACCUGACAGAUGAAUUUCAUCUAACAUGCCAGACAUAGGACACUAAGGGGAAUUUACCACUGCUCAUUGUUCAAAACAUUGUACCUUCAAGAAAACGGUUUGUCAGUCCUAAAUAAAAUAAAAUAAAA